AACCCAACUAUCCAAAGACCCUUAGAAGAACCAUGUCAGUGUUUCUCAGCAACGGUUUUCACGAUAAUGAGCAUGAGCCAACUAAAACGAAGAAAGCCAGAUCGGACUCAAACGAAAACGAGAAAUUUGCRGGACUAAAGAACUCAUACGAGCACAUACUUGCUAGUAUCGAGGGUAAAGACUGCAAGAGACCUGGCCUUCUAAAAACACCAAGCAGAGCUGCUGAAGCAAUGAUGUUUUUUACCAAAGGAUAUAAUGAUAAUUUGGAAGAAACUCUGAACGAUGCGAUAUUUGAUGAGGAUCACAAUGAGCUUGUUGUAGUUAAAGAUAUUGAUUUCUUUUCUCUGUGUGAGCACCACCUUGUUCCAUUCAUUGGUAAGGUCCAUAUUGGAUAUUUGCCGAAUUGCAAAGUCGUUGGAUUGAGCAAAGUUGCAAGAAUUGUGGAAAUCUACAGCAGAAGACUUCAAAUUCAAGAGCGUUUGUCUAAAGAGAUCGCAGAGGCAAUAGUCACAGCUACAAAGCCYCGUGGUGUUGGUGUUGUUAUUGAAGCUUCGCACAUGUGCAUGGUGAUGCGCGGAGUCCAGAAAGUCGGGAGCAAAACAGUCACAAGCUUCAUGCUUGGAGCGUUGCGCGAAGAUGUCAGAACGCGUAACGAAUUCUUGUCACUUAUUAAAUAAUCUUUUUUAAGCGAAA